AUGAUAGUGAACACCACCACCACCGAUAGACAACAUCCGAUGGAUUUCACAAUUGUCGAUGAAGUAACAGGUGUACUUCUAUAUCUGUCUUUGAUUGGGGCAGGACUUACAAUAAUAACAUAUCUAAUAUUUCCACAAAUUAGAACCUACCCAAUUAAAUUAAUUAUAUAUUUAUGUUUAUCUUUAUUCUUAGGAAAUGUAUUUCUUUUUAUUUCAUACAAUUACUACGAUACAGUAAUGUGCAUACCAAGUGCAAUCUUGGUACACUAUUUAUUUAUAUCUCAAUUUUUAUGGACUUUUUGUGUUUCCUUAAAUUUCUAUCAAAUGAUAGUAAGGAAAAAUAGAGGAUUGGAGUCAUAUGAAAAAUAUUAUCAUUUAAUUUCCUGGGGAAUACCAUUAAUUAUAGUAGUAGUCUUGGCUAGUACAAAUAAUUAUGUACAAUAUGAUGGAUAUUGUUAUAUGGCACCGGAUUUACCAAUUUUCUAUGGAUUCUUUGUGCCAGGAAUGAUUAUUCUCAUUAGUAAUUGUAUUAUAUUCUUUCUCGUGGCAAGAGAGAUCAGUGACACUCUCAAAAAGUCACCGAAUGAAUAUAGAAAGAAUCGAAUGAGAGAGUUUCGUGUUUACUUUUCGAUAUUUGCGACUUUGGGAGUGUUUUGGAUAUUUUCAUUCUUGGGUAUCUUCGUUGAUGAGACUAGUACGAUCUCUGUGAUAUUUCAAACUAUAGUAGCUGUUACAGCACCGACACAAGGCCUCUUGAUUUUCAUCACCUAUUGUAUCAAUCGACGUGUGUUCUACAGCUACGUCAAACUAUUCUCUCGCAUUUUCCCGGCACUCGACAAUUUCGUGGAGAAUAUGACCACCUGUAAACCAACGACAUCCACAACCGAAAAGUCAAAGUCGUCCGACGAAGAACUAGGUUCCAUUGCAAUGUCUGCACUUCGUGAAAGUUCCUAUCGAGUCAAUAAUCUUGGAAGAUCAACUGACAAUCCAAAUAUCAACAACUAUAACAAUUAUAACGAUAACGUCUAUGAUGAAUCUGAAGAUUCUGAACAACAUCAACAAAAAACACCCACGACAUCAACAUCAACAACAACAAUAACUAUUUUACAACAACCAAUAUUCGAAUCUGAAUUGGGUGAUAAUAAUAAUGAUGAUAGUAAUCAAUUGUUUUGUAUAGAUAUUAAUAACAAUAGUAACUAUAACGAUAACAAUAACGAUAGCGACAAUAAUAGUAAUAAUUAA